AUGUUUCAAAACAAAGAACAAACAGAAUCAAUACUUGUAUGGGAAAAGAUUGUAUCAAUAUUUUCAAUUCCAUCACAAAAUGAAAUUUUAAAUUUCAAACAAAAAUCACCAAACAAUAUUGAUAAUAAUUUAAAACAAUUAUUUAAUUUUGUUAAACUUUAUAAAUUAGAAUCCUUAGUUUUAGAUUGGUAUUUUGAAUCAAUUAAAAAAUAUUUUAAAAGUACAUUAUCAAAUGAAUUUUGGAAAUUUUUUAAUAAUGUAAAUUUAGCGGAAUUAGAUUCAUCAACAACAUCAGGAAGACAAUUAAAAUUUAUAAAUCAUCAAUUUGCAUUAUCAAUUAAUUUAUUACAUAAAGUAUUUUCUUUUUUUAAAUCAAAUUUAUUUUUAUUUUAUGAAUUAUUAUUUAAAAAGGAAUCAUAUAAUUUUAAUUUUUUAAUUAAAAAAUUACAAGAUUUAUUAAUUACAAAUAUAAUGCAUACAACAAAUCAACAAACCAAAUAUUUUAAUACAAUUUUAUUUAUGUUUUUUGAACGUGAUUUUAUAUCAUUUACAAAAUCAUUCUAUCAUUCAAAAAAACAAAUUUUAAAAGAUGAAGAAGAAAAUAAUAAUAAUAGUAAGGAUUUAGAAUUUAAUGAUCAACAACAAGAAGAAGAAGAAGAAGAAGAAGAAAAUGAAGAAGAAUCAAAAUCCUAUAUAAUAAUGGAAAUGUCAUUUGAAGAUAGUAUAACUGAUAUUAAUAUUAAAGAGGAUUCAUUUAUGGAUUUAUGUAAAAAGUUACAAGAUUUAAAUUUUAUAGUUAUUUCAGAAGAGAUUUUCACACAAAUUUUAUUUAAAAAAGUUUUUGAAUACAUUGAAACAAGAUGCAAAGGUGUUUUUGAAAAAAGCUUUUUAAAAUCAAUUUUAGAAUGGGCUGAUCAAGUAAUUUUUAAAUGGUUAGCAAUGAUUUUAUUAUCAUCAACGACAACAACAAAAAUAAAUAAUUAUAAUGAUAUAAUUAAUAACAAUGACGAUGAUAAUGAUGACGAUGACGAUGAUGAAAAUAAAGAAAAUAGUUUAAAAAUUUUUAAUCAAUGGAAAAAAAGAUUAGAAUUUUCAAUUUAUGAAAACUAUUCACAACAAAGAAUUUCAGAACUUUUUGAUAUGAUUGUACAAUAUCCUGAUAGUUUACCAUCAUUAGAAGAUUUAUCAAUUUGUUUUCAAAAAAUUCCAAUUGAAAAAACAAUGAUAACCAAUUUAAAGAGAGUAUUACAUAAUAGAUUACUUCAUCCAGGUGCAAAUACAAGUGAUAUUAUUACUCAAUAUAUUUCUACAAUUCAUGCUAUGGAUAUUAUUGAUCCAUCAGGUAUGGUAAUGGAAAAAGUUGGAAAACCAAUUAGAGAAUAUCUUUCACAACGUGAAGAUACAAUUCGUUGUAUCAUUUCAAGUUUCACCGAAGAAUCAAAUGAAAUCUAUCAAGAACUUUGUAAUUAUGAUCCACAAGAUAAUGGUGGUGAUGAUGAUUCAAAUAAUUCACUUUUAGCUUUUGGUAAUUGUGAUUUAUAUGUUGACGAAGGUGAUAAUUUUUCAUCAAUUGAUGAUUUUAAAUUUUGGAUUCCAAAUAAAAUUGAUGGUAGUAGUACUACUAUUUCAAUUGGUAAUGCUAAAGCCAAUAACAAUAAUAAAAAAAAAAAAAAAAAAGAUACAAUUAGUCAUUUAGUAAAUAUUUAUGAUGGUAUAGAUUUAUUUAUAAAUGAAUAUAGAUCAAUGUUAUCAGAUAGAUUAUUAUCGGUUGUAGAUUUUGAUUUAGAUAAAGAAAUUAAAAAUAUUGAAUUAUUAAAAUUAAGAUUUGGUGAUUCAGUUUUAUUUAAUUGUGAAAUUAUGAUUAAAGAUAUGGUUGAUUCAAAAAGAUUAAAUUUACAAAUUAAAAAUAGUCAAGGUGUAAAUAACAAUAACAAUAAUAAUAAUAAUAAUAAUAAUGAACUUAAAGAAUUUGAAACAUUAAUAUUAUCACAGUUAUUUUGGCCAACUUUAAAAGGUGAUGAAUUUAAAUAUCCAAAAUCAAUUGAAAAGAAAAUGCAAAUUUAUAGUAAAGAAUAUGAAAGAAUUAAAACACCAAGACAAUUAAUUUGGAAACAACAUUUAGGUUUAGUUGAUUUAGAUUUAGAAAUUGGCAAUAAUAUUCAAUCAUUUCAAGUUUCACCAAUUCAUGCAACUUUAAUUAUGUUAUUUGAAAGUGAUGAUGGCGAUGAUGAUGAUGAAAAAGAACUUACUUUAGAAUAUUUAUCAAAACAAUUAGAAAUUUCAAAAGAUUUAGUUAAAAAGAAAUUAAUAUUUUGGUUAAAUAAUCAAAUUAUUAAAGAAACUUCUCAUGAAACUUAUAAAAUUAAUAAUAAAGAAAAAGAAGAACAAAAACAAAGACAACAACAAAUUGAAAAUGAUGAUCAAGAUGAAAGUAGUAGUGAUGAUGAUGAUGAUGAUAAUAAUAUUGUAGUUGAAGAAGAAGAAGAAGAAAAAUCGACAUCUGCAAAAGAAAAAGAAGAACAAAUGAGAGUCGUUGAAAGUUUUAUUAUUGGUAUGCUUAUAAAUUUCAAAACCCUUCCUUUGGAAAGAAUUCAUUCAAUGUUAACAAUGUUUAAUAGUGAACUUUAUACAAGUACAAUUCAUGAAUUAAAAGCUUUCCUUUCAAAAUUAGUAAAUGAAGAGAAAAUUGAAUUGGUUGGUAAUGAUUUUAAAAUUAAAAAAUAA